AUGAAGACCGGUCCAGUUGUCUUUUCACUUUCCGUGCUUAGCACGAUGGUUGCAGCUCUUCCUGCUCCCAAAGCUAAUCCAGGUGCUGCUAAGAGAUUUGUUCCAACAAUCAUUCCUUACGCCGAUUACUCCGAGGAUGCUGAGGGCAAGACCAAGAGAUUUGUUCCAACAAUCAUCCCUUACGCCGAUUACUCUGAGGACGCUGAGGGCAAGACCAAGAGAUUUGUCCCAACAAUCAUCCCUUACGCCGAUUACUCUGAGGACGCUGAGGGCAAGACCAAGAGAUUUGUCCCAACAAUCAUCCCUUACGCCGAUUACUCUGAGGACGCUGAGGGCAAGACCAAGAGAUUUGUCCCAACAAUCAUCCCUUACGCCGACUACUCUGAGGAUGCCGAGGGCAAGACCAAGAGAUUUGUCCCAACAAUCAUCCCUUACGCCGACUACUCUGAGGAUGCCGAGAGCAAGACCAAGAGAUUCGUUCCCAGCGUAAUCCAAUACGCAGAUUACGCCGAGUCCGAAGAAGCCUCAACCAAAAACAAACGCUUCGUCCCCAGCGUAAUCCAGUACGCAGACUACUCCGAGGAGGCCUCAACCAAAGAAAAGCGAUUUGUCCCUACCAUCAUCCAAUACGCAGAUUACGCUGAGUCCGAAGAAGCCUCAACCAAAGAAAAACGCUUCGUUCCCACUAUCAUCCAGUACGCAGACUACGCUGAGGAGGAGGCCACUACCUCUACCUAA